AUGGAAAAUCCUAAGAUCGUUCUUGGUUUAAAGGCAGAGAAGAGGAUUACGCCACCAGAUGAACUAACUGAUGAUGAUGGUAAUUUCUUUUCAACAAGUUCCGACGAGGCAAAGCCUUUAUCGCUACAAACGACUCCCGUUGUUGCACUUACUCAACCCGGAAAGCGUUUUAACAUAGUAGGAUUUUCUGAUGCCUCAUCCAGAAUCACAAUGAUUUGUGCCGCACUUAAAGAAUACGAAAGACCAGAACCAUAUAAAGGGACAUUAAACUUUAUUCCGGAUAAAAUUAUUUCACCAAAUGACAUUUCUCAACUACAACAAUAUCUAAUCGGCAACAUUCAAAAAUUUCCAAUUGAUAAAACAAGUUUUAACGAUUUAGUAUGUGCACAACUGACUCUUGUAGAAUUCUUAAUAUCGAAAGAUAGGAAAAUACUCGAAAGAUUUACGAAAAUUAAGAUUGAUUCGAGAGUUAUGAUGUUAAUUAAUUAUUGUUUAGCUAAAUCAACACAAGAUCAUAGUGUUUCUUGUUACUAUUAUCUAUCAACAUUAGAGGAAUUCCUCAAAAUCAAUGCUUAUCCCCCUCUAAUUUGUUUAUUCCCUGAUUGUACAAUAGAAAAUUGCGGUUUACAGAUAGCGAUUGAUAUGAUGACCAUAUUCCCUAAGCACCCUAUAUUGCCAUCUGUACUCCAUAGCCUUGCCGCUUACAAUAACGAUAUUUUAACAAUAUCUAAUAAGGUUUCAAGCUCAACAGACAGUGAUGAUGACUUCAGUGAUAGUUUUUUCGAAUUCGUCAAGCAAAAGCAAUCUUAUAUCCCCAAAAACUUCUCUACAUCCCUUAUUACAUUAAUCGAAGAGAAACCACAGAACCCACUUGAUUUUUCUGUAGCUCCCAUGAAGCAGGAAACAAUUUCUGUGUCAGUUACAAUUCCUCCAAAAACCGUUACUUAUUAUUUUGACGAAGAGAACAAAACGAAGCUUUCUACUACAGCAUUUUCGGAUUGGAUCAUUUCCCUACGAUCAAUUUUUAAGAAAAAGUCACUUGCUGCACUUGAUUGGCGCAAGAGUAUAAAAUUAAACCCGUUCAGAGAAUCUACGUCAGCUCCGUUCUUACCAAUAGUCAAUGAAGCAGAAGCAAACAUCAGCCAAGGCAUAUACAACGCGCAAAGUUAUAUAAAAUUAUAUUCUUUGAUUGGAGAUCCAAAUGCGUUAUUACAAUCACUUCCUAAUAUUCCUCAGAACGAGUUUUUCCAUCUUUACUACCCAAUUCUUCAGAUUUUGAACACAUCAUCAAAUACUUUAAUUACAAAGGGCUGUAUCUUCCCAAACCUCAUUGAACUUGAGUACAUGGCCCAUAACGCCCUUAAGAGUGCCGGCUCGGGCAAUCCAUUGGAAGGAUUGUUAGAUUUAGUUCCAAGUGACCCAAUUAACAGGUCAAGCUUCGAUCCACUUGAACACAGAAGGCCAAUGCCAGAUCUAGAGGUCGAAUACAAGGAAAAUAUCGUUAAUUACUUGGCAGCUGCAGAUAUCGAGUUAGUUGCCAACGGAAGAUCACCAUUUACAUGCCAAAGGUUAUCAACAAAGCCACCAAUAGUACUUUCCAAUCAUCCUAUCCUCAAUAGAGUACUUAGAGCUUCUUAUCUUUGGGAUGCAUACAAAACUAAGAAUUUCCCACCAUUCUUUGCCUUCAGGAUUGGCUUUGCAGCAGCUCUAGCCGCUAUAGAUAUCGACAGCUAUUUUUCCUGCGACGUAAUGUUCGAAAUAAUCAGAUUAGUUUAUCUCAAGAUGCCAGAUCUCGUCAGGAGUCCUGCAGUACGUUCCGCUGUUCUCUUCUUUGCAGAAACACUCGAGCGCAGUGAUAGAUAUUACCAUGCUUCACUUGUAUUAGAUAAUUAUUUCUUAUCCGACGUCAAUGACUCAACAAGUGCCACAGCCAUAGCCCAAAUAGCCCAGAGAAACGGAGAUACAGUCCGUGCCUGCUUCUUCUACUCCGAAAGCCUCAAAUCUCUUAUUACUCAACAAAGAAUCGACGAAUCUCUCUACAUCGGCCAGAUUCUUGCACAAAUAUACUUCGAGAACGGCAUGUUCCAUCUCGCGAUAUCCGUUCUUUCCUUUUUACUUCGAAAUUCCUACAACAUCGCAUCAAACGAGCGAAAUGUCCGACUUUUUUCGAAAUCCAGUGGUACAAUCAAGAGAUACAGAAACAGCCAGCAUUUAACUAUCCCCGAGUUCAAUCCAAACCCGAAUGCCAUCAAUACAAUGUUAGUUUGCUGUUCUUACAUCGAUACAUUGAUAAGAGCACGAAUGUUUUCACAAGCGAACUUAGCAUUGGAUGCAUUUAAAUCAACAAUGGAAGCACCGAUCCUCAGAACAGUUUUGGCUUAUUUGGAUUCUCGAUUACUCCUGAAAUCGAAUAAAUACGAAGAAGCCAUUGAAAAACUGCCAAAUUUUGACAUCCACGACCAAAGAUCGAAUACAACACAUAUUUCUUUAUUGAGUGGUGCGCAAUUUGACAAUUCAACAGCUGUUCUCAACAUGAUGACGCGCGGUUCAUUGCACAGAAGGUUCUUCAGAGAUGGACACGCGUGGAGUGAAUUAGUAAUUCACGCGAAAUCAUCAUACAGAGCGUUGGGAUACGGAUAUUUCUGGAGAGGACAAAGUUUCGCAAUUGCAUUGAGCGAAAUGAAUUUUAGAUCGAGUAUUUCGAUGUCUACAAAUUUGAAUCACAUUCAAAGCAGAUACUUGAAAUACAAGGAUGAAAACAAACUUUAUAAUGAAAGAGAGUUAACUAAUGAAAGUUUGAGUUGUUUCGCUUUGGCAAGGGUUUAUUUCGAAAGAGUUGGCUGCAUAAGGAAAGAAACUGAAGCUGCACUGAAAUACUGUGAUGUUUUAUUGAGACAUUUCUUCGAUAUUACAGGCGAAGAAACUGAAUUUGCAACAGUUGUUGUCACACAACCUGUAUUAGAUACAACAUGCAAAUUCGCAAAACCAAGAGGAGAUCAGUUAAAAGUCGCUGAACACGUAAUAACUCUUGAGAAUUUCGCUGAUGAAUGCUCAAGAAUUUUGUAUUUCGCAGAGAAAAACGCGGAAAAAUUAAUGAUGCCAACAUUGAUUUUAUACGCUCAAGCACUAUUAGCAAAACUUAACUUAAUAAAGAACAGAAAAGAAUUGGCACAAACGUACUUCGAUUACGCAUUUAACUGCUUCAUGAAGUACUCAGAUAACGGAAGAUUUAUUCCAAGAGUUAUUGCUAAUUCUACAUUGAGAAUGUUCGAAACAAUUCUUGAAAUAUUAUGUGAUACGUUAAGUUGUUUUGACUCUGAUUUCAUUAAUGAUAGAAUUGCUUUGUAUGACAUUUUGAAUGAUUUAAGAACUCUUUUAGUUAAUAGAAUAAGGAAUGUAUCAAUGGGAACAAAGAAAGGAGUAAUUGGAUCAUUGGAUAUGGAUACAGAAGCUUUGACAUUGGCAAAUCCGAAAUUGCCAUCAUUUAACUCUGUUUUGGUUGAAGGAGGAUAUCUAAAGAACGACGACGGAGACUUCACUGAUUCAGAGACAUCAUUCAUAGCAAUCUUCAGAGCUAUCUCAGCAAACAUAAGAUUGUUCGAACAGCAGAAGAUUGACCAGGAUUCACUUCACAUGAGAAACAAAAAAUAUUGUGUCAUGCUUGAAAAAACCGCUCAAAAAGUCAAAAACAUGACAAAUUUGGAUUUAAGUUACAAAGCGGCCAAAUCAAAUUCCGAACUUGCAAACAAUGUUAUACUGAUGAUGAGAUUGUCUACAGCUAUAUUCACAUACGUGCCAAGUUCAGGAACAAAGCAUUUCAUGAAAUUCAAACAGUUUUCUCAUUUGAAUAAUAUUUCAAUCGACCAAUUAAAUGUCAAAAUUGACUUUUCCGCUGACAGUUUUCCUUUGUCAGUUUUUGAGGCACUUUUCUCUUUUAUUUACGUUGACAAGAAAGGCUCUGGCGACAAGUUUAUUCAAGGCGAGAAAGGGAUCAAAGAUCUUCAAAUUCUCAAGGAAAGUUUGUUCGGAGAUCUUUUGGAGAACUGUCCGAAUUUGAAGUACAAAUGCGCAAUAACUCCCGACGAAUUGCCAAGCGACAAAAAACUUGUCUUCUCAAAACCAAAGGGCCAAUUAGUCAACAUCGAUCCAUGUGUAGGAAACGCUGUUUAUUUCAUAACAAGUAGAGAAUUGAAUGGUCUUCCUUUAGAAGUUUUGUUCAAAGAAAACCUUGUGUUUAGAUUGCCAUCGUACGCUGCUUUGUUUAUGAAACCAAGUCACAACAUGGGCGGUAUCCAGAAGAUGAUUGUUUUCAGAAGAGAAACAAUGAACCCGUUGCAGUUAAGACAGGAAGGAAUCCAAAGAUCUGCUGAAGCUUGCCAAGGAACAUUUUCAGCAAUUGGUGCUUCAGAGUUUCCGAAACAACAUGUUGAAGGAUUGGAAAGAACAUUGCCUUGUCCGUUCCCUCUUUUCUCUUCCAACAAAAACAAUGAUUUCUAUCUCUCGAAGUACAAAUUCAUUUGUGUCGAAGAAGUUAAGCCGGGAUCAGUGGCAAUGGCAACUUCUUCCAAAUACUUGUUCGUGUUCACUUACACUGAUUUGUGCGAGAUGCCAACAAUGGUUGAGAACUUGUUGUCUAACGCUCCGAACUCUUUCUUCAUGUUCAUUCCAAGUUUCGCUGUUAGAGAUUGUUUCAAGGAAAUGAGCGACAUCGUGAAGAGAAACAAAGAAAGACAGAUUGGAGGUGAAGAACAUUUGAGACUGUUGAAUAACGCUACUGCUUUUGUUGCUGCAAUGCAAAUGACUUUGAUGAAGAAGAUUCACGCUCCAAUUCCUGUUUUCAUGCCAAAGUACGAAUGA